GCGUGGUAUCGACGGCCGCCUGGCCAAGUCACACGCUGCGAUGACGCAGCAGGAGGACACGAUCCGGCGUGGAGAGAGGGAGCGCAAGUCUCUCAUGGAGAAGCUGGACGUCGGCGAGCGGCAGCAGGCCAGCGGCGACAACGAGAAGAAGCAGCUGGGCGAGCGGAUUAACAAGUUGAAGACUCAGAUCGAGCGCAUGGAGCAGGACAAGAAGCAGCUGAGGGAGAACCUGGAGGUCGCGGAGACGCACUGCACGAAGCUGGAGCUCGCCAAGAGAGGUCUCGAGGGAGACCUGCAGAGGCAGAAGCUGAAGAUGAAUGACAUUGAGACGGACAAGCAGUGUGCUAGUAACAGUGCGUCGUGUCUCGCAGUGGUCACACGCGGCGUGCUAGUAACAGUGUCUCGCAGUGGUCUCAGUCGCCAUGUACUAGCGAAGGAGACUUCAGACGCGUGGCCGGAGGUGCAGCAGCUGCAGCGUGAACUCAGCGCUAGCGAGCACGACCGCCGCGUGCUGCAAGAGAAGCUGGAUGGAUGCAGAAUGACAGCUAAACGUGUGAACAUGGCCGAGGCUAUUCGCCCGACCGUCGGGUGUGUGCUUCAGAAUCGUGUGGAGAACCUGCUGAAGCAGGUGCAGGACGCAGAGGACAAGGGAGCAUCGCUGCAGCUGACCGUCGACCGCCAGACCCUCACCCUCGCCAAGACCGAGCAGGGCGAGAGCGAGCUCAAGGACAAGCAUGACACGUGUGAAUGUGUCCCGUACCUUGUCGACUACCUAGGUGUUGCAACUUUACCUGCCGUGGAGAGGGAGAAGAUUCUCACUGAGGAGCAAGCCAGCAAGACUCUGCUGGAGAAGACCAGCGCAGAGAGAACCCUCAGCAGCAUCGAGUCCGAGAAUCUUGAGAUGCAGAGACAGGUGCAGAACCUGCAGGCGGCGCUGGCCGAGCAGGAGCAGCAGCAUGCUCAGAAGAUGAUCGACCUGACGACGCGGCACCGCACCGAGACGGAGAUGGAGACGGAGCGACUGCGCACGGCGCAGCAGCAGGCCGAGCGCACGCUGGACAGCCGCGAGCGCUCGCACCGCAUGCGCAUCAAGUCGCUCGAGGAGCAGGUGGCGCACCUCAAGGACCAGCAGGCGCAGGAGAUGCGCAAGCGCAACCUGUACAUCAGCCGCAGCAGCCGCGCGGGCGACGACAUGAAGGACCUGCGCGCGCUGCUCGGCGACUCGCUGUCGGCCGUCUCGCGCGACCGCACGCUCGACCCGAUCCUCCUCGAGCACGAGAUCAAGAAGCUUGACGACUCGAUGGCCUACCACGGCGGCGGCGGCGGCUACCACGACGUGUCGUCGCCGCCGAGCAAGCUCGCGCACCGGCCGCUAGCGGGCAUCGGCGGCCUACAGCGCACGCGCAGCAUCUCGCCGGCGCGUCUCAGCCGCCCAAUGUCCUCGAGCCCCAGCUUCAAGAAGCGCAUGGGCUCGAAGUCUCGCCUCAGCUUCAAGAAUUAG